AUGAAGCCAAGCAUUCGAUGGGCCACACUCGGCUGGACAUUCUUCAUUGCCGAGAAUGCCAUUUUGUCCGAGAAUCGCUCCAUGAUCAUUGAACAAUUGGGGGACGAAAAUUAUCACUUAGUCUAUGGAACGCUGUCUACAGCUGCAACAGCUUCGAUUGGUUACGGCUACUAUCAAUUGAGAAAGGCAGCACAAUCAUCGAAUGUGACGAAUCUUUUGAAAUCCAAGCCUCCGGUUGGAAAUAUGGCAGGAGCAUGGAUAUUCAUGUCAGUCGGUAUUUUCUUGGCCUCUCAAGGUCUGCCUCGCAUGCAAAUUCCAGUAUCCAGUUCUGGGGGCUCCUCGUUGCAAGUUCGUUGCCCUUUUGACUUCACCGGAAAAAAGGAUAACGACAGUUCUCCCGUUUCCGGCAUUGAUCGAAUAACGAGGCACCCAGGUCUUUGGUCGAUGGGGCUCGUGGGGAUAGGAAACAGCCUUUUGGCAACCUCCGUGCCCAUGCGACUUUGGUGGAGCGGGCCUGCAUUCGUGGCGUGGCUUGGAGGUGCUCAUACGGACAGCCGUUUUCGACGGGGUUUGGGCGGUCAGAUGGAUCCAAUGUAUGAUUCUCUGACAUCGAAUGUGCCUUUCUUCGCGCUCGUGAGUGGGAAGCAAGGAAGCGGUUCCUGGAAAGCCUUGCAACAUGAGACAAAAGAACUGAAUGCAUUAGCAUCAGUUGCUGCGAGCACCAUCUGGAUAUUGCGAAGGAUCAGAUAA